GUCUGAAGAGGAACAAUUCUCUACCCUGCUGCCAAUUUUGGUGUCACGGUUUUCCUUCUCUUCACAGACGCUGGUAAGAUGGCCUCAGCGCAUGACAGAGCCGUUCUCCAGGCUUUAUUCAACCCCAACACCCCCUUUGGAGACAGCCCCGGCCCGAACCAAGAGGAGGAAUUAAUUGAUGAUGAGAGUGGCUUUGACACGCAGCUGCUGAGGCAAGUGAAAGAGUUGGAGAAGCGGGGCGUCUCGGCGGCGGAGGCUGGGGAUUUGCAAGCUGCACUUCAGCUGUUCAGCCAGGCAAUCCAGAUCCUGCCUCGGCGAGCCUCGGCCUACAACAACCGGGCACAGGCCCUGCGGCUGCAGGGGAACACAGCAGGGGCCCUGGAGGACUUGGACCGAGCCGUCUCCCUGAGCGGCGGCGCCGGGCGAACCGCCUGCCAGGCACUGGUGCAGAGAGGCCUUCUGCGCCGUUUAGCGUGUCAGGACGACGCAGCCAGAGCAGACUUUGAGAGGGCAGCUGCAUUCGGAAGUGAAUUUGCUCGACAACAGGCCGUGGCCCUGAACCCGUAUGCAGCCCUGUGCAACAAGAUGCUGUCAGGGGUCAUCAACAAGCUACGGAACCCCGAUGUGUCUGAGAUGCAGUAGUUAAUGUGGACAAUUUUGUCACUUGUACAUCUUUUCUGUCAUGAAGUCGUUGAUUAAUAAAAUAACUUUUGCAUUUAA